AUGGAUAGCACUUAAUAUGCAUCACCACCUUAUCACUAUCGUUGGCUAAAUGGUAUUUUUAUAUUACAUGUCUUUGUUAGGCAAUGAGUAUGAAGAUUUAUUAAUGAAUGGAAAAGAUCAUACAAUACCUAUGUUUGAUGAACAUCCAGAGGAUAUUUAUUAUGAACCAAAAAGUAAAUUAUAUUUAAAUUCAAUAUUGUAGAUGGUUAUUUAUACUUUUUAAGAAAAGCCUCUUUAAGGAAUUUAGGAUUUCCAAGACUAAAAGACAAUUCAAAAAAAGUGUUCAAAUGGAAAAAAAUGAACUUUUAAACACCACUACCAAAACAUUGUCCAAAAGUAUCCUACAUAGUUUGUAGUACUACUACAUGCCUUGAUGUUCCUCAUUAUCGCAUGCAUAUUGUUUAACUUUUUAACUAACGUGAUGAAGAAGGUGUUCUCCUUUGCCAUGUAUUACAAAUUUGCAAUCGACUUUCUCCAAUUCAAUAAAUCAAAGAUAAUCCUCCAAUGUCUUUUGAAGAAUAUGAAGAAAUUAGAAAUUGUAAGAAACGUUUGAGUGAUUGUAUGGAAAAGUCUAUGGAUAUCAUACUUGAAGUAUAAGAUUUGCAAAUGAGAACUGCUUUACUUGAUGAUGAUAAUAACUAUAUACAAUAAAAAUUGCAAUCUAAGGAAUAACGAUUAGAAAAUAUGAAAUUAUAUGGGGAUAUGUUAAAGAAAUAUGAACGAUACAUUAAUGCUGUUAUGGAAGGAUAUGAAGUUAUUCGUAGAUAUGAUGAUCUCUGA